CCGGCAAUAUCUGGCUGUACAUUUCUCACAUCUCCAACUCCGUUCGGUCAGCUGUUUAACCAAUUUUGUUAUGAAAUUUGUUUGAGUUCCGGACUGAAAAUGCUGCGUUUACUAACAAAAACAAGAGUGUUGCGGCAACUGGUGCAAGAUACAGGCGCUACUCCGCAUGCAUCCCGCUUCUAUGCAAAGAAUCAGCGAGGAUCCAGCAAGAAAGUGGAGGAGGACGUGGUCAGCAACGAGCCUAUCAAGUUCUUCGGCAGCGAGGCUGCCAUUUGGAGGGCAAAGGACACCAGAAGCGGUGGUAGCGAAGAGUCUCUGUGGUACCAGCCAUACGUGAUCUCCGCCAGCUUGGCCGUAUUUCUCCUGUAUUUCUGCGCUCUGCGCGAGGAGAGCGACAUCGAUCUGCGCCUGGAGGGAAACCUGUACGACCAUGUCAGUGGCUUGGAGGAGGUCCAACUGACGGUAAACUACAAGUACAACAAGGAGCAUGGACUGGACACCAAGGAGCAGGAGAAGCGGCUCAGGGAACUGGGCGUCGAUAUGGGCCAGUUAGAUGCCAAAUUGGCCGCGCAGUAGUCUUAGAUUGAUUAAUUGUACGUUUUUUACUUGUCAGUGAGCCAGUUGUUUACGAUUAAACGAUUUUAGCAACUGAAUUGUUUUAAAUGAUAAA